CCGCGGCAGCACUGGGGCCGGCCGGCGGCUGUGGGGGAAGAAACACAGCGCUAAAGGGCUAAAAAACCCAAAACGCGCUUUCUGAAGGCGGCGGGCGAGGCUGGAGACCCUCCGCGGGACCUGUGCGGGAGGGGGAGCGGCCGUCACAGGCGGCGGGCAGGGCGGCGAGAUAGAGGCGGGGGCGUCCCGUCCCCGUCCCCGUCUCUGUGUGUCCCCGUCCCCCUCCCACAGGUGCCGCCGAGCCGCGGGGGCCCCCGGGCGGCCUGCACGUCGCGGCCCGGCCGGCAGGAGGAAGGAAGAGGAAGUCAGAGCGGCGGCGGGGAGCCGGCGGCGCCCCGGCAUGGGAUAGCGCCGGUACCGCGCUCCGGGGACGAGGACGAGAAGGAGGAGGAGGAGGAAGAGGAGGAAGGGGUCCGGCUGGCCCCGCUGCCCGCCGCUGGAGGGAGAACUAACACAACCGGCUGGCUGUCCCCCGAGAAUGGUGUAAAGCAAAUAGAGGAGCUCCUGAAAAACAACGGUGUGAAUGAGAGAGGCUCUCUGCAGUAUUUAGUGUCCAGUUGUACUGGCUCUGAAGAACAGCAGCGUCGCAAUGCCCCCUCCUGCUGAUAUAGUGAAGGUGGCAAUCGAAUGGCCAGGUGCAUUCCCCAAGUUGAUGGAAAUCGAUCAAGUAAAAAAAACCACUGUCCUCAAUAAUAAAAGAAGUCUGCGAUGGGUGGUCUCUUGCAAAUCAUGAUCAAUUUGCACUGCAACAUGCUGAUAGUUCUAACUUCUACAUCACAGAGAAGAAUCGUAAUGAGAUAAAAAAUGGAGCAAUCCUUCGGUUAACAACAUCUCCAUGUGGUGGAUUGCAAAGCUCUCACUGGCUUCACAGGAACUAGGACUAACAUAUCUCUGUUGAAAGGCUGGUCCUGCUGCUGUCCUGCAGUAUAGGCUCAAAAUGCACAGCAGCUCCAUGAAAGGAUCCAAUCUUCUAGUAUGGAUGCAAAGUUAGAAGCACUGAAAGACUUAGCAAACUAUUCACGGGAUGUUACUUUUGCCCAAGAAUUUAUAAACCUAGAUGGCAUUUCUCUCCUAACGCAAAUGGUUGAAAGUGGCACAGAACGAUAUCAGAAAUUGCAGAAGAUAAUGAAGCCCUGCUUUGGAGAUAUGUUGUCCUUUACACUGACUGCAUUUGUUGAGCUGAUGGAUCAUGGGAUUGUAUCGUGGGAUACAUUCUCUGUGGCAUUCAUUAAAAAGAUACGUUAUUUAGGUGAUUGCUUGGUCAAAAAGAUAGCAAGCUAUGUGAACAAGUUUGCCUCGGACAUCUCUAUCUUACAACGGUCGCUAGCAAUUCUGGAAUCGAUGGUGCUCAACAGCCAUGACCUGUACCAGAAGGUGGCACAGGAGAUCACAAUUGGGCAGUUAAUCCCACAUCUCCAGGGGACAGACCAAGAAAUCCAGACAUAUACCAUUGCGGUAAUAAAUGCACUUUUCCUUAAAGCACCAGAUGACAAGAGGCAGGAAAUGGCAAACAUUUUGGCACAAAAGCAGCUUCGCUCCAUCAUCCUAACUCAUGUUAUCAGGGCACAGAGGGCCAUCAAUAAUGAAAUGGCACAUCAGCUUUAUGUUCUCCAAGUACUUACCUUUAACCUUCUGGAAGACAGAAUGAUGACAAAAAUGGAUCCACAGGAUCAGGCUCAACGGGAUAUCAUAUUUGAACUGAGAAGAAUUGCAUUUGAUGCAGAAUCUGAACCUAACAACAGUAGUGGCAGUAUCGAGAAACGCAAAUCUAUGUAUACGCGAGACUAUAAAAAACUUGGAUUUAUUAAUCAUGUAAACCCAGCAAUGGAUUUUACACAGACUCCUCCAGGAAUGCUAGCCCUUGACAAUAUGCUGUAUUUCGCUAAACAUCACCAGGAUGCUUAUAUACGGAUUGUCCUGGAGAACAGUAGUCGAGAAGACAAGCAUGAGUGCCCAUUUGGCCGAAGUAGCAUUGAGCUGACAAAGAUGCUGUGCGAAAUACUGAAAGUAGGAGAGCUGCCCAGUGAGACCUGCAACGAUUUCCAUCCCAUGUUCUUCACCCAUGACAGAUCAUUUGAGGAGUUCUUCUGUAUCUGCAUUCAGCUCUUGAACAAGACAUGGAAGGAAAUGAGGGCAACUUCAGAGGACUUCAACAAGGUAAUGCAGGUAGUGAAAGAACAGAUAAUGAGAGCACUCACUACCAAGCCUAGCUCACUGGAUCAGUUCAAGAGCAAGCUUCAGAAUCUCAGUUACACAGAAAUACUGAAAAUACGCCAGUCUGAAAGAAUGAACCAGGAAGAUUUCCAGUCUCGCCCAAUUCUGGAACUAAAGGAGAAAAUUCAGCCUGAGAUCUUAGAACUGAUCAAGCAACAACGUCUUAAUCGACUUGUGGAGGGUACCUGCUUUAGGAAACUCAACAGUCGACGUCGACAAGACAAAUUUUGGUAUUGUCGACUUUCGCCGAAUCAUAAGGUGUUGCACUACGGAGACUUGGAAGAAAGUCCCCAGGGAGAAGUCCCUCAUGAUUCCUUGCAAGAUAAAUUGCCAGUGGCAGAUAUAAAAGCUGUUGUGACUGGGAAAGACUGCCCUCACAUGAAGGAGAAAGGAGCUCUUAAACAAAACAAGGAAGUGCUAGAGCUUGCGUUCUCUAUAUUGUAUGACUCAAGUGGCCAGUUGAAUUUCAUUGCUCCGGACAAGCAUGAGUAUUGUGUAUGGACCGAUGGGCUGAAUGCCCUCCUUGGGAAGGAUAUGUUGAGUGAUCUAACGCGGAAUGACUUAGACACGCUGCUCAGCAUGGAGAUAAAGCUACGCCUCCUUGACUUGGAAAACAUACAGAUCCCAGAUGCUCCCCCACCUAUCCCAAAGGAGCCCAGCAACUACGACUUUGUUUAUGACUGUAACUGAGGCUGCCACUGAAACUUGCUUUGAAACUGGAAAUAUUAUAACUGGAGAGAUAUAAAAAAAAAAAAGAAAGAAAGAAAGAAAAGAAGAGUUUGUGAGAAAAAAAGAAAAGCCGGUUGUGCACCUUGGAUUUUGGCUUUGGGGAGGAGUGUAGAAACACUUGCAUUCCUCCCUGUUCCCUGCAUCCCAUCCUUCCCCAUUCCCAUCUUCCCCAUUGCUCAUCCAAAUCCACAUUGCUUUAAUUAACUUUUAAUUGCAGGCCAUUGGCCUUGCUUAAGGCAAAGACUGCCACUAAGAAGCACCCUCCCAAGGACUUUUUUUACAUUUUUAAUACUGGAAUAGACAUUCUUAACUAAAGGAUGGUGUUAUCAAACUGCAUGCCUGUGACACCCACUUGGCAGGGCAGAGGCUUUAACUGGAAGGAGGAGGGAGGUAGGGAGCAGAAGCAGCUACUGUGAGCAGAAGAUUUCCCCAGGCACUCCCAAGAGUCUGCUCACAACUGAAUCCAAUGCAAUGACAAAAAAAAUGUUAACUGCUUCCCGGUACUCAUGCCAUUCGUCACUGUCAUUAUUCUUUCCACUGUCAUCUCAGUUCUCGUCACCAGCCUUCACCCAACUGAUCAGCUCCCAUAAUGGAAAGUCUGCAGGUUUUUGCUGUACCAUACGCUGCAAUGCUGCAACAGCUUUUAACUUCUUUUCCUCCCAGCUCUUAAAUAGGCCUACACUAGCAGAUCACUAGUACAAACUGUGUAUGAAGCCACCAUUGUGUCCUGUCCCUGUAGCAUUCCCUAAGCCUCAAUUGCCUCUAAAAUUGGCUUGUUGCUAUUCAAAGUGAUUUUUAUUUUCUUGGUCCAAAGUUCAAUAGUAAUUUCCACAAAUUAUAAAUGCCAAACAUUCAGGUUUACAUUGUUGUCAUUGCUACAGUGUUAAGAAUUUGCAAGGGAUUUUUUUUUGUACGGGUUCUAAUUUUUUUAUUUUAUUUUGCCAAACAAAUAUAUUUAAAGAAAACUAAUUUCAUUGUGAGUACUUUGGGGGGGCAAUAUUUUUACUUAAUUUCCAUUUGGAACAUUUGCCCUGGAGGGAGAAAACAAUAUUCCCUUCAACUUUGCUGUUGAAUAAAAAUCUGAGUUGUGAUGA